AAGCAAGAAAAACAAAGCAGAUUUUGAAUUGUAAACCAAUAUAGAAAUGGUCUAUUCCUUCAAAAUCUACUCCUCCUUGUUGGUCUCUCUUGUGCCAUGGUUUCUUUUCAUUAGCCUCUCCGAUGCAAGGCCAAACAGGAAACCAACAACUACUCUAAUCAAUCAAAUUUGCUCCCAAGCUCAAAAUUCCUCACUAUGUCUACAAGUUUUAGAAUCUGACCCUCGUUCUGCUCGUGCAGACCUAAGAGGCCUUGGCAAAAUCUCAAUCGACAUAGCACGUGAAGAUGCUAAACAGACGUUGAACCUCAUCGCCUUGUUUAUGAAGGAAGCUAGUAACAGUUCAUUAAAAAGGCGAUACGACGUUUGUGCCGAACUUUAUGGAGGUGCCAUUGAUGAUCUUAACGGAGCCGGGCAGAUAUUGAACAAGAAGGUUUUGAGCCCUUUCGAUAUCUCGACUUUUCGGAUUAAAGCCUCGGCUGCUUUUGAUGGACCAGUUACUUGUGAAGAUGGUUUUGAUGAAGUACCACCAAAAGAGCCAUCAAAGCUUAAGGAAGCAAAUAAGAAGUUUAAAGACCUUUGCGAUAUUGUUUUGGUUAUUGGGGCUAGUUUGAAGUCUGGAUAGAGAGAGUGGUUAAUUUUGUCGUGCGGUAACGCGUUUAUGACUUUGAAGAAAUAAAAUCUCAUUCAAUUCUUAUUGAGGUCAAUAAAAGUAACUUCUUAAAUUAAUA